GCAAUGCCAUAAAAAAAUCAUAACAAAAAGCGACCGGAGGCUUUUUAUGUGAUCAAUUAUUGCUAGUACAAAUUAUUCUUUUAGUAGCUCAAAGAAACUGUUAAUGGUUUCAUAAAACGACUAAAUUAUAAAUAUAAAAUGUAUUUUGACAAUACAGGGCUAGCUGUUGUUAGCUCUCCAGAUCCACCUCCAGGGUUGGUUGGCAUGGAUUCCGAAUAUAUGCAGACCCAAUGUGUUUUAGCCGAUGGUGGAGAUAGAUUUGGUGUAGCAUCUUUGGCUUUUGAUAAACAUGAGGAACUGCUAUGGAUGGGAAAUCAAGGAGGUCAUGUCACUUCCUAUUAUAUGGGUGGAAUGUCUAAGUAUACGUCAUUUCAAAUUCAUGCUCAUGAAGAAGUAAGGCAGAUUUUGCCCCUAGAUGAAUGUUUAUUGGCAUUAACAGCAAGCAGUCUAAGAUGUCAGAUCCGAAGAGGGAUACCUGUUUUUACCCAUACGUCAACUAACAUGAACGAAAUGCAAUGUUUACUGCCAAUGUCUCCAACCAGAGUAUUAAUAGGCGGCCAUAGAGACAAAUUAGUUGAUUUUAAUCUUCAAGUUUGUAAGGAGAGCCAAGUAAUUAGCGUUACAGAUUCAUCAACUGUAAUGCUUAGACCCCAUUCAAGAUACGUUUGCUGCGGUGGCCCUACUGGAUCGGUAGAGUUAAGGGAUCCAAAUAAUUUUAAACUAGAACAUACACUUGAUACGCAUACUGGCAGUUUGAGCGAUUUUGACGUUCAAGGCAACUUACUAGUAACCUGCGGAUUCAGUAAUAGAUUAGGUAAUCUAGCGGUAGACAGAUUCUUGAUGGCCUAUGACUUAAGAAUGUUAAGGGCGGUCUCUCCAAUGCAAACUGUGAUAGAUCCCCUGUAUCUAAGGUUUUUGCCAUCGAUCUCUUCACGAUUGGCCGUUGUAUCUGCGGCUGGGCAAGUUCAGUUGCUUGAUACGAUUGCCUUAGCUGAGCCAAAGAUAUGUUUACUGCAAGUAGAGUGCCCAGGAGCCAUGAUUUUAACUUUCGACAUGAGUAGCACCGCUCAAGCCAUCGCUUUUGGAGAUAGCGGUGGUCAAAUUCACCUAUUUUCUUCCACUGAAGAGCCCGUGUUCAACAAUUUUUCUCGGCCAACCGAAUUUCCAGAUCCUGUAGUUCAAUAUCCCAGUUUUGGCAUUGACGACUAUAACACACCUUUGUCUUCUAUACCAAUGCCUUAUGUUCCACCUGACGUACCUUUGGCUUCUGAUUGGCCAGCUCCAUUGAUGCAGUAUGUCUACAGGAAACCAGUUCCGAUAGACCAAGAAAUACUACGCUCCAUGAAAAUGCAGGGACCUAUAGGUUAUGCACCAAAUCCGAAGCUAACUCGGCGAAACCAAGUUAUGUAUGAGUUUGGACAAAACGGACAGACGAAUUCGCAUAACAAGAGUCCCCAGCAUCACGAAAACGACUCCAAUUUUAUUGCAAUUCCAAAACGCUAUAGGAAAGUCGAUGUCAAGUAUAAUAAAAUGGGACAAGACGAAUUUCAGUUUGACAACUAUAAUAAAACCGGACUAGCUGGCUUAGAGUCGAUGUUGCCGAAUGCUUAUUGUAAUGCAGUUAUUCAGGUUCUUUACCACAUCGAACCUCUUAGAGCAGCUUUGCUAUCACAUAUAUGUGCAAAGGAAUUUUGCUUAUCGUGUGAAUUAGGCUUUUUAUUUUACAUGUUGUGUAACAGUGCUCCAAAUCAACCCUGUCAACCAGGAAAUUUUUUAAGGGCAUUCCGCACGGUACCUGAAGCAUCCGCUUUGGGGUUGAUACUCAGCGAUCUUGCACCCGAAGCUAAACAAAAAAUCGACUUAGGAGGUCUAAUCCAAAGUUGGAACAGGUUCAUACUUCAUCAAAUGCACGUUGAACUAAACGAUACAAGAAAAUAUAAUGAAGAAAAGAAAGGAAAGCCACCCAAACCGUUUAUUUACAAAGAAGUUGAUUUUCCAGCUAUUUCCAAAGAGAAAAACAAAAACGAGAGAAAACAUUCAGCUGCCGAAAUUACUGACGAACUUGAAGAAGAACGACGUGAAGAUAUAUCCGAAAUCAGUAAUUUAUUUGGUUCGAAGCAAGUGCACAAAUACUGCUGUCUCAAAUGUACCAAUGAACUCCCCAAAGAAACAGUUAUAUUAGCAUGUAAUUUGGUUUAUCCGACCACCGAACCUGAAAAAGACGAAUGGAGUUUUUGUGACAUAUUAGCAAGAUCUUUGGGCCCUGAACAAACCACGCCUGCUUGGUGCGAAAAAUGUCUCAGAUUCACACCCAACUCACAAAGUAGAAUUAUACAGUCUCUACCAAAAGUCCUCUCCAUUAACACUGGCCUACAUAGUUCACAGCACAAACAGUUCUGGCAAACUCAGAUGGAUAAGGUAGUAGCUAAAAUGUCAUCUACUGAUCUUGGAAAACCGUCCACUCCAACAACAACACCCACCAAUACGCCAUCUUCAAAACCUUGUCGAUACGGCGAUCACUGUUCGAGACCUGGCUGUCGAUUUAGGCACAGUUUUGAUAAUACUCCUCCCCCCGUACCUGUAAACAAUCCCUACUGCAGCAACAAUUGGUUACCACAUAAAAUUAAGAUGUCUUUAGUUAAUGACAAACUGGAAGUUAAGAAGAUUUCUACAACUGAAAAUAAAGAAAAUAUAAAAGAUAAUGCUACAGAGAGUGAAUCAAGAUCAAGUCCAGUUCAUGAAACAAAAGAAUAUGAACUAAGUGCUGUUGUUUGCUACAUUAACGAUCAACAUUCUCCAGACAAAAAGAAUCUGGUCGCUCUGAUUAAAGUGGCAAAUGCGUUUUACAGAAAUAAGGAGUUAACCGAACAGAAAUGGUAUUUGUUCAACGAUUUUAGUAUAUGUCCUGUCCCAGCACAAGAAGCCGUGUGGUUUAGUUUAGAUUGGAAAGUUCCUUGUGUUUUAUAUUAUUCUUCUUUGGAAUUAUCAGGUUCUAAGACAGACAUAUAUCAUCCUUUAUCAAGGGAAGUUUUUACUGAAGACAAUUGUAUAGCUCGAUCUGGAGGCACCAAAGGAAUAACUUUUACCCCGUUGCACGAAAACGAGGUACUCAAAUCGGGAGACCUCGUUGCAAUGGAUGCAGAAUUUGUUACCCUAAAUCAAGAAGAAGCCGAACUUAGAAGCGAUGGCAAAAUGUCGACGAUUAAACCGUCUCAAAUGUCUGUCGCGAGGAUUACUUGCAUAAGAGGACAAGGACAAGGCGAAGGCACACCGUUCAUCGAUGACUAUAUAUCAACUCAAGAGCAAGUGGUAGACUACUUAACCAAAUUUUCGGGAAUUAAACCUGGAGAUUUGGACGCCAAUUUUAGCUCAAAACACUUAACUACACUGAAAUCUACGUACAUUAAACUAAGAUAUUUACAAGACAGUGGAGUCGUAUUUGUCGGUCAUGGUUUAAAAAACGAUUUUAGGGUAAUAAAUUUGGUAGUUCCGCCUCAUCAAGUCGCUGACACCGUACAACUGUUUCAUUUAAAACAUCACAGGAUGGUCUCCUUAAGAUUUUUGGCAUGGCACUUUCUGGGCAUAAAAAUUCAAUCAGAAACUCACGACUCCAUCGAAGACGCGAGGGCAGCUCUCCAACUCUACAAGAAAUACAAAGAAUUACAGGAGAACAACAAGGUCGGCGACGCGCUAGCCGAACUGUACGAAAUCGGCGAGCAGCUUAAAUGGAAGGUUCCGGAAAAUUAGUGGAUCAAAGAGUAAAGUACAAACGACAAAAUAUACGUAUUGAAAUAUAUGUAAACCUGUUUAUUUUUAUAAAUUAUUUCUUGAUUUUUAACUUAUGUUUUAUACAAUUCAGUCAGUAUCGUUCGCCAAAAAUGUGUUAUGUACUAUUGUCAUACGUCUCUGUUUAAUGUCUGUGAUUUUUUAUAGUAUUUAUGAUAUUUAAAAAAUUAAAUGUUUAUAUCUCUGUUUGGUAAUAUUUU